AAUCAAAUAAAUUCGUAGACCGAGCUUCAUGGCGCCAACUUGGAAGAGGGAAAUCGACAUCGAAAAAACUGUCAAUGAUUUACACUGCCGAAUGAAUGGAAAUACGAAAGCGAUAAGGAGAAAUAUUUAUCCAGUUGAAUGCCCUUGAUUGUUAUUGUGGAUAACUUGUCCCAAAAUUCAGCAAGAUGAAUCCCCUACAGGAAGGGUCUUUUGAUAGCGGCUUCUUUUCGCCCUCUCACAUCCAGAUCAAGGUGGAGCCAAUGAGUCCAACUCAUCUCCCAAUGUUGAACUCUGACCUUAAUGUGAGCCCACUCAAAACAGACGUCUCAGGAAUGGACGUUGAAAGACCUCUGGACGAUGUUAGCAUUUCAGGGGAUUGGGAAAAGGACUUCUUUUCAAAUUUUGAAGACAAUUUGUUCAAUUUUGACUUUGAUGACAAAGCAUUGAAUGAUAUUCUUGUGUCACCCAAAGGAAAGGAGGCCUUGAAUGACUUGAUGAAAUCUCCGAAAGGAAAAGCCAUUAUGAACUCUCCUAAAGGGAAAAUGUUGCAAAAUAGGUUGAAGUUGUAUGAUACACCAGAGAAUGUGAAAUUAAAAAGGACAAAUAGUUCUGGGUUCGAUACCAGCCCUAAUGUGCUGUCGCCUUGUGACCCAAAUAAGAUGUCUGCCACGCCUGGGCCCUACUGUCUGGAUUCAAGAUCUGCAUUGAAAAUGUCAAGGAGAAAACUAACAAUGGUUCUGUCUGGAAAAGAGGACCGAGAACCAGUAAAGAAAGUCAGUGUUCAACCGUGUAAAACUCAACCAACAAAACUUAUUCCGAUAGCACCAAAGUUAUCAGAGGAAAAUUGUGAAAUGUGGCCUACCAAGGAAAAGCUGAAGUAUGCCAGGGAUCAGUUUAAGCGUACAUUGGAACUAGCUGUGGAGGCCUCAAGAUUACAAAGACAGGUGAAGCAGGAACCAGUGGUACCUCGCUCUCCUCCAAGGAAACGUAAAAGAGGUUCCCAGAAGGCAGAAAAAUAUCCUGAGUUGAAACAAGCCUUGAAUCAGCGACCACAGAAAUCAAGUUCACGGAAUCGAAUGCCAAGCAUAAAACUGAGAGAGAGCAAAGAGACAGAAAUUGAGAUCAAGAAAGAGUUGUCUGCCCCUGCAUUGCCAUUUUAUCCAGACUUUGAAGAAGAUAUUGAUUACAAUGAUGAUGACGAUGAAGAUUAUGACAAUUUUUACGGAAACUAUGUGCCGUUCACGGGACUGAAGCAAGCCAAGAAGAGAAAGAAGUUCAAGCAAAGUGUGUACUAAGUGAUCAACUUGAUCUGAUGUUGUAAGCGGAGGCUAAAAUUUGUAACACACAAUAAUCACAAAUUUUGCUUCCAGUUAUUUUUAAAUUUUAGGCUUAAGUUUAUGUUUGCGAAACUCAAAAGAUCUGUGUUGUGUUCAUCUUUGCAGGUGUAGUCCAGACUUGGUGAUGCUAACAGCUUGUCAUUUAAUAUGUCAGGAAUACAUUGGUCAAUGAGUAGGUUGUAUAGUCACAUGAAAGUCCUGCAAUAUGUCACCAUGUCUUAAAAUUGUGUCAAACAUGCAUCAUUGUAUACUUUAUACUAUGAUAUGCUACAUACUAACAAUUUCAAAAUGUUAUAAAAUGUGAACUUAUUUGAAAAAAAACCCCUGUAUAUUGAUAUACUUGUACAUGUUUAUAAUAUACACUGAGUAUAUUCACAAUGUAUACAAUGUAAAAAAUAGUAAAAUAUAGGCCCAUACAAAUGUACAAAUGUACUGAGAUUUCAUGCAAUCUUGUUCAUUCAUUCACCUUUUAUUUUGCAGAAAUCGAUACAUGUACACAUACUUUCAGCACUCAUUUUGGUGCACCCGGUGCAGAGCUUUCAAAAACUAAUACGGAAUACAGAAAUUUCAUCUUAAAUUUUGCAAAGAUGUAGAUACUAUCCAUUUGAAACUGUUCUGACAUUUGACAUUUGUUUGACAUUUGCACAGCAAUUCAUUGCCUCGUAAAAAAGAUCCAUUCUGUUUUUCGAACUUCCAUAGUUUUAUAAAUUUUCUGUUCUGCACUUUAUCUGCUGUUUGGUUUCCACUUCUAGCUUUCGGUGUCUGUGAGUAUAACCUGUAUAAUGUAGCCCAAACUUUGUUUUCAUCUGAAUGUUUCAUCAAAUUGUACUUGAUUUUCCAUUAAAUUGGUGGUCUUUCUGAAGCAGUCCAAGUCUUGCAUGUGGACUAGUUCUUUUUCCUUCUAGUGCUCUGUUUUGAAGAAGUCGGACAUUUUAAUAUUAAUCUGUUGUUUUCCCUCCUUGUGAUAUGUUGUUUACUUGUGUCAGAUUGUUGGUGAAUGAAGAAACAAACAGGAUUUUCUGAUCAUUUUCAGGAAGAUUUUGAAAAUAAGACCAGCCUUGUUGUUGAUGUUUUGUUUCUUUUUCUCUCCAGUAGGAUGUAUAUGUUUAUUUAUUUAUUAUUUAUCUCUCAUUCUAUUCAGAUUUUGGAAUUAAUGAUUUCAUCAUAUAUAAAAAUUAAUUUUAAUUUGCAGUCAGAAUACUUGAUUUAGUUUGAUACCUUAUUUUUAGUCUAGAUAUGUAACCUUUUUCAAAUCAGAUGUUCAA